AAGGUCCACCAGCUGAUCAAGCGCAACCGCGUCAUGGUGUUCAGCAAAACGACAUGUCCAUACUCACGCAAAGCCAAGAUGCUGCUGGGCGAGUACCGGGAUCAGCACGGGCUGGUGCUGAUUCUGGAGUCGGAUAUCACAGCAGUCAAGGCAGCGCUGCUCAGCGUUUCCGGCCGCAACACGUUCCCGAACAUAUUUGUCGAUGGAAAGAGCAUUGGCGGUAGCGAUGAACUCUAUGACCAGCAUGCCAAGGGCGAGCUGGAGGAGCUGCUCCGGAGAAAGAGCCUUAUCGUGUAA